AAUGACCGAGGUGCUGUGGCCGGCUGUCCCCAACGGGACGGACGCUGCCUUCUUGGCCGGCCCGGGCUCUCCCUGGGGGAACAGCACUGUCGCCUCCACUGCAGCGGUCGCUGGCCCCUUCAAAUGCGCCCUGACCAAGACGGGCUUCCAGUUCUACUACCUGCCGGCUGUCUACAUCUUGGUGUUUAUCAUCGGCUUCCUGGGCAACAGCGUGGCCAUCUGGAUGUUCGUCUUCCAUAUGAAGCCCUGGAGCGGCAUCUCGGUGUACAUGUUCAACCUGGCUCUGGCCGACUUCUUGUACGUGCUCACUCUGCCAGCCCUCAUCUUCUACUACUUCAAUAAGACGGACUGGAUCUUCGGGGACGCCAUGUGCAAACUGCAGAGGUUCAUCUUCCAUGUGAACCUCUAUGGCAGCAUCUUGUUCCUGACGUGCAUCAGUGCGCACCGGUACAGCGGGGUGGUGUACCCGCUCAAGUCCUUGGGCAGGCUCAAGAAGAAGAACGCGGUCUACAUCAGCGUGCUGGUGUGGCUCAUCGUGGUGGCGGCGAUCUCCCCUAUCCUCUUCUACUCGGGCACCGGGGUCCGGAAAAAUAAAACCAUCACCUGCUAUGACACCACCUCAGACGAGUACCUGCGAAGUUAUUUCAUCUACAGCAUGUGCACCACCGUGGCCAUGUUCUGUGUCCCCUUGGUGCUGAUUCUGGGCUGUUAUGGAUUAAUUGUGAGAGCUUUGAUUUACAAAGACCUGGACAACUCUCCUCUGAGGAGAAAAUCGAUUUACCUGGUUAUUAUUGUACUGACUGUUUUUGGUGUGUCUUACAUCCCUUUCCAUGUGAUGAAAACGAUGAACUUGAGGGCCCGGCUGGAUUUUCAGACCCCAGCAAUGUGUGCUUUCAAUGACAGGGUUUAUGCCACUUAUCAGGUAACAAGAGGUCUAGCAAGUCUCAACAGUUGUGUGGACCCCAUUCUCUAUUUCUUGGCAGGAGACACUUUCAGAAGGAGACUCUCACGGGCGACCAGGAAAGCUUCCAGAAGAAGUGAGGCAAAUUUGCAAUCCAAGAGUGAAGACAUGACCCUAAAUAUUUUAUCUGAGUUCAAGCAGAAUGGAGAUACAAGCUUGUGAAGGCACAGGAAUCCCCAAACCUCACUUUUGUAACAUGGUCUCAGGAUGCCCAGCUUGGUUUAGGAUAUGUGUUAAGUACAUUGUUUCAGCUUCUAGAGAGCUUUCUUUGGGAGUGUGGAUCCAGUGAGGAGGUGCACAGUGACUAGAAAUGCCCUUUUAGUACUUGGCAUGUUUUUUCCAAAGUGUUUCUUCUUUAGCUUCGUACAUGAUGUUGUUGACAUUGAUGACCUGUGAAUGCAUGCCAAAUAGUAACAAGAAUGAUCUUGCCAACUCCUUCCAGGCCAAAAGAAGUCUCUGGGAAGAUCUAUGCUAAUAGUGAAAACAUACAGAGGGUCAGGACAAAGCAGUGAUCUAUUGGCUGGAAAGCUAAUUCAUGCCAUAUGAUAAUAUAAGUAUUUUAAUAAUAAAGGAAGAAAUCUUGGCAUUUGGAUAAAAGAUUAGCUAAAAUUAUAGAACUUAUCAUUUAACUUAAUUGCACACUACAAACAUAUUUUAAUGCCAAGUUCAAAGUGUUGUAUUGCUUACAAAUUGCCAUCUUUAACUCUUUAAACACCAAUUUGUGUUUACACUGAAAUGCUAAAAAGACAAACUAAGAAGAAAUAUAGCAUGCAAGUCAAGAUUAAGAAUUAAAAACAUGACGUUGCCACUCAGCCAGCUGUGGGACUCUUGACCCUUUCAAGACCACUCAUCAUGGAUUAAAAAGGUUGGAUGACAUCCAUUUGUUGUGGGGUACGGGGUGCGGGAAAGCAUGAAAAAUAGACAGCAAGAAGUGCAUGAAAUCUGCUACCGUUAUUUUCAGGACUCUUCAAUCCAAUCCUUGGCUAAAAAUUCCUACAAGGUUCACUAAUUGUGAUGUCGACCUAUGACCUGUAAGUUGUCUCAAUCUACCAGACUGGACACUAAACUGUCUUUGGAUACUAUAGAUGUCAAUGCUUAUUACAGCUGGAAUUCCACUAGUGACAAUACUUAAAGAUGUGAUACUAAUUAGGAUCUAUUGAAAUGUUAACUUUGCUGGUCAAAUUAUAACUAUCAUAACUGUAUUUAUUGAUGAAGCUUACAGUCCUUCAGUUGUACAGAUUGAAAAACUUUCUUGAAAGAUCCAACAAACUGAUGUAAAUUCUAUUUAUUACACUGUAUAAUACUAAUGUGUUAAACUGGUGUAUUUUACAUAAUAUAUGAAUGCGUAGACAAAAUGAGAGUUGUAUAUUAUGAUGCUUUUCAAAUAUCAGUAUCCUGAAAUAUUUGUCUUCAAAUAUGUUUUGUCUAAAAUAUGAAAAUGUUUUGUGAUAUGAGUGAGUAGUUUUCCCUAGAAAUACUUUUGCAUGUUUACCUUUUUAUUUUGGGUUCUUUCUAUAUAGACACAAUUUAGUGUCAGAGUAUAUUAAUCAAUAGUAAAUAUAAAAUAUCUUAGUGAGAUGGGGUCUUUAUUGUCUACAUUUUAUAUAUAUUAUAGAAAGGUUUAUAUUGUCUUUUCGGGAGGUUUAGAAUUUUGCCCCAAAUGCAAAGCUUCCCUUUUCAAAUGCAAAAGCCUUGUCUUAAAUUCAAAGGUGAUCUCUGAUGUUUUAAAAGUCUAGUGGGAUGGGCAUUAUAGAUACAGCAUUAGAUUUUAAGGAAAAAAUUUUGGGAAAUGGGGCGAGGAAAAGGCAGCUGGUACAAUCAGUUACUGCUACUCAGUUUUACUUAAAUUUUUGCAUUGUAUUUCUUCUUAAGGUGAAAUAGUAUAAUCUUAAUUUUUUUGAGAUGGAAUUUUUAAGUAACACACUACCAGCAAGUUCAACACUGCUAUUGAUUUCAGUCUUUUUUUUCUUUGUUCAAUUGAUAACUUUAAUUAUAAUUUUUAUAGUUAUAACUAUUUUAUUUGGCUGCUUAAUUCUGUUACAGUUUUUUAUUCUGUUGUACAUUGUAUUAUAGACAUCACAAAUUAAUAUGAAGGUCAAUAUAUGUUACAUAUCAAAAUUUGUGAAUUUGAAUUAUAGUAUGUUUUAGUGCUUUUGCAAAAAAAUGUUUAUUUUUAUAUUAUCUGUGAUUUUAAUAUAGAUAAUUGGACUAGAAUUCUUUUGAGUAAUAGUGCCAUUGAAUGAGUGGUAUGGAAACAGUGUUACUUGACAUUUUGAGCUUUCUCAGGUUUAUCUAAAUCAGUGGUACCUUAAAAUCCAGACUAAUUGUGCAUAGUUGUGUUUUUAAGGAAAGUACAUUUCCUAUAGUAGCACAGUAUGGUUUGCAUGCUGGAGUAUGCAAAGUCUUGUAUGUUUGUGUGUAUGUGUGUGUGUGUGUGUGUGUGUGUGUGUCUAAGGCAUGGCAGCCAACUUUGUAUCUGCUAUUUAUAGUACCAGCACAGCUUCUUGAUUGUGGCCACUAAAAUUGUACUUACCAUUGACAAUUAAAACUGAAAAAGACUCAAUAAAACUAUGAAACAUG